UUACAUUACCGGGAGGAUACUGGGAGGAUGAAGGCGCUGUUGUGUUCAGGCAAACAGCACAUGCAGCCGGCGAUUUCAGCCGGUCAGACCAAGUCUGAUGAUGAUCAAUGAAUAAGGAAGCGUUCUGCUGAGCAGAAACAUCGCACUUGACUAAUUUCUGGCGCUGUGGAUGAAUCAGGAUUCGACCUCAGUAUUUAAAAUGAACACACACACGCUUUCUGUGUUGGGACUGUGAAUGACAAGCGGAACGAGAGCGGAAUUUCAAUGAUCGCAUUUCUUGCUUUAAUGCGGAAUUUGUGCAACUUUGUCGGCGAUGUGUGUUGAUCUGUCAGCGUGUGUUUGAGAAAGACGUUCAGCACUAUGGACAGCGCUAUGGCACGGAUUAGCUUUAUUUAACACCGCUGGCCAGUCAGCGUCCUGAUUGUGUCCUUACCUUGUAAUGUAUAAAGAGAUUAAAUCGUUAGGCUUACACGUGUUUAUUUAGGAAAAUCUCCUAGUUCGUUCUCCUGCUAAACACGUCAGUAAAGUCCGUCAGUGGCUGAUACAUGACUGUAGGGAAGUUAUGAUAACUCUGUCAGUUCUUUAUUAUUGUUAGUUUUUUUUUUAUCUAUCCAGGAUGGCGGGUCAAAUAAGACAUGCGUGGUUUUGAAGGCUUCUUCUGAACUUACUCGGAUUUUGCCUCCUGUCAACAUUUUUCAAGCUGGAAAUCGCUCUGGAUAACGUUCUGGGUGGGACGAGAUGGUGUUGUAGUUUGAGACUUUUAUUAAGGGUCAAGAGAGAGUCAUAAUCUGGUUUCUUCAGAAACAGGUUUAAUGUGAAGAUUAAACCAGUUCAGGGGCUCUCUGAUUUCAGAUGGGCAUCGCCUACGUGCGAACACGGGCACAUUUAUUGACGAUUAUAGACCGUAUGACUUAAAAUCUCAACAACAAACAUUUAACGACUCUGUCUCUUUUAAAGUGAACGCACUGUGCGAUUUACGGUGCAAAUCACGGGGCAUCGCACACAAGAUAAAGGCAAGGCGCACAAGACCUGGAACACAACGAUCAUUCACGAUCAUUUCACUCUAACUGGGUGUAAAGAGUGGCAAAGCCUUCUCUACAAUCUUGGUUAUUUAUCUGGCUCUUGACAACCAGACUACAGGAUUUAGGUGUGUGUUCAGCGCUCUGUGAGGGCUUUUUCUUAGAGCUGCACCGUCGACAGAAACCCUGACACGUCUCCCGUCCCCGUGCUGAACCGGUGCCGAAGCGGAGCUGUCCACCACCGCGGGUUCUGACGCAGAGAUUCACACGUUACUAACACACACACACACACACACACACACACACACACACACACACACACACACACACACACACACACACACACACACACACAAAACCCAACGGUUUGCCGUGACUGCCAAACGGAGCGUGUCAGCUCGCAAGUCAAUGCCAUGUUCCCCCCGGCUAAUACCUGCUGCCCAAAUAGAGGUCUGUCAGCCUCCUGAACGCCCACUCUCUUCAGUGCAGAGGAUGCUGGGAAUGUGUCGUGGGCGCAGGAAGUUCCUGGCAGCCUCCCUCAUCCUUCUCUUUAUCCCGGCCCUUACCUGGCUCUACCUGUCUGCUACCAACUUCACAGUGAAGCCGCUGCCUCUGUCUCCACUGGAGCCUCAGUCCUCUACGCUGGCUCUGGAACUACGGGUACGGGAGGUGGAAGAGGAAAACCGAGUGCUCAGGAAAGAGCUGAGUCAGCCACCCAAGAACCCCACCCAUGGUAACCAGUAUGGCAGUGGACGCCAUGUCAACCAAUCUCAUGUUGGCAGAGAGGGUUCGAGACAUGCAGAGGCUCAGAGAGGAAUCUCACCAGGAAACAGCUCUGACUGUGUGUCUCAGCCUGUGGUGGAUAAGUGUGAGACAAUUCAUAUGGCCAUAGUGUGUGCCGGGUAUAAUGCCAGUAGAGACGUGGUGACCCUGGUGAAGUCUGUCCUGUUCCACAGACGGAACCCUCUCCAUUUCCACUUCAUUACAGACUCUAUCGCCCAGCAAAUCCUGGCCUCCCUGUUCCACACCUGGAUGGUUCCAGCUGUCCAAGUGGACUUUUAUGAUGCUGAUGAAUUGAAGUCUGAGGUGUCGUGGAUUCCUAACAAACAUUACUCGGGUAUCUAUGGCCUGAUGAAGCUGGUACUGACAAAGACGCUGCCAUUAAACCUGCAGAAAGUCAUCGUUCUAGAUACUGACAUCACCUUUGCCACAGACAUCGCUGAGCUGUGGGCUGUCUUUCACAAAUUCAAAGGUCAGCAGGUGCUUGGUCUGGUGGAGAAUCAGAGUGACUGGUAUUUAGGGAACCUGUGGAAGAACCAUCGACCUUGGCCAGCUCUAGGUCGAGGCUUCAACACUGGUGUAAUUCUCCUGCUGUUGGAUCGUUUGAGGAAGCUCAGAUGGGAGCAGAUGUGGAGACUGACAGCAGAGAGAGAGCUGAUGAGCAUGCUGUCUACAUCACUAGCAGAUCAGGAUAUUUUCAAUGCAGUCAUCAAACAAAACCCUUUCCUGGUGCACCAGCUGCCCUGUUUCUGGAACGUUCAGCUGUCUGAUCACACACGCUCCGAAAAGUGCUACAGAGACGUAUCUGACCUCAAGGUGAUCCACUGGAACUCUCCUAAGAAGCUGCGGGUGAAGAACAAGCAUGUGGAGUUUUUCAGGAACCUUUAUCUGACCUUUCUGGAGUACGACGGCAACCUGCUGAGGAGGGAGUUAUUCGGCUGUCCGAGUGAAACCGAUCACAAUAGUGAGAAUCUCCAGAAGACUCUACUGGAGCUUGAUGAGGAUGACCCAUGUUAUGAGUUCCGGAGAGAGCGCUUCACUGUGCAUCGCACACACCUCUACUUCCUGCACUACGAGUACGAGGCCAGUGCAGACCAGACUGAUGUUACCCUCGUGGCCCAGCUCUCCAUGGACAGGCUGCAGAUGCUAGAGGCCAUCUGUAAACACUGGGAAGGACCCAUCAGUCUGGCUCUCUACCUGUCUGAUGCUGAGGCACAGCAAUUCCUGCGUUAUGCCCAGGGUUCUGAGGUACUCAUGAGCAGAAGCAAUGUGGGAUACCAUAUCGUCUACAAAGAGGGUCAGUUCUACCCUGUCAACCUGUUGCGCAAUGUUGCCAUGAAACAAGUCAGCACACCUUAUAUGUUCCUGUCUGACAUCGACUUCCUGCCCAUGUAUGGACUCUACGAAUACCUCAGAAAAUCUGUAGUACAGCUGGACAUGGCUCACACUAAAAAAGCUCUGGUGGUGCCUGCAUUUGAGACACUGCGAUACCGGCUGUCCUUUCCCAAAUCCAAGGCUGAGCUUCUGUCCCAGCUGGACAUGGGCACCCUCUUUACCUUCAGGUACCAUGUAUGGACAAAGGGUCAUGCUCCAACCAACUUCGCAAAAUGGCGCACAGCCACAACGCCGUACAGAGUGCAAUGGGAGGCUGAUUUUGAGCCAUAUGUGAUGGUGAGGAGGGACAGUCCAGAAUAUGACCGCAGAUUUGUGGGAUUCGGCUGGAACAAAGUGGCUCACAUUAUGGAGUUAGAUGCACAGGAAUACGAGUUUGUGGUUCUACCUAAUGCCUACAUGAUUCACAUGCCUCACGCACCGAGCUUCGACAUCACCAAGUUCCGCUCCAAUGAGCAGUACCGUGUUUGUCUCAAGACUCUUAAAGAGGAGUUUCAGCAGAACAUGUCCCGCCGCUACGGAUUCGCUGCACUUAAAUACAUGACUGCAGAAAAUAACAGCUAGCACCUCUGCCAUACUGAAAUUCUGCAUGUGAGCUGGAGAGAUCUGCUUUAGAGUAACAUAAAAAAUGGCAGAAAUGGACAGUAAGAAGUGAUGGAAAGUAAGCGGACAGUAGUAAAUGAUGAAAUCUUCAAAUCACAGAGCGGCUGGUACGCUCAUAAAAAACAGACUUUAGACGGACAAGUAAAUUAAUUUCCAUAAGUCCCCACAGCGCUACACCUCUGGCUAGAUAGAUGUUAAUCCUGCAAAUUUCAACCUUUGAAAGGUAUAUUUUUUCUAUAGGUUUUUCCUAUUUUUGCCUCAGCACAAAUUUGUGGUAGCAAAAAUGUUUUUUGUUUUAUAUUUCUUUUAGGGUCAUGAUUUAAGGUUUUUUUUUUUUUGUUUUUUUUUUGAAAGAUUUAAAUACAUUGUUGUUUUCCAAAUAUCACCUUAAUCAUUAGAUAAAUAAGUAUUUUCCAGUGUAUUAAACAUGCAAUUAUGUACAAAUACUUUAGUAUGAACUACACUGGAAAAGAUAAAAAGAUUUUGGCUCCAAAUUUAGCUAUGCAUUUAAGAGAAAAAUGCCUAAAUACACAGCUAUAGAUUCAACAUCAACUGCCAAGAAAGACAGCAAAGGUCUAAAAAAGUCCUUAGAAGCCUUAGAAUGGAAAUAUGAUUCAUUGCUUUAUUGAAAAAUGUCACUGAAUUAAGUAACUGGAAAAUAAAGCCAAUGAACAUGCAACAAAUAGAAAAGAAACAGACAGAUCUUUAUAUUCCUUUUGAUAAUUAAGAUUAUUCUAGAUAAUCAAAUCUUUUCUCCAUAAUAUCAUGCUGUACUGUUGUAUACUAUGAUGAACACAAUGUUGUGGCAAUAGCGAAGAGCUGCAAGCGGUUCCUCUGAGCCAGUGAAAACCCCAGAACAAUAUUGUUAAAAUGAAUAUGUCUAUUUUGAUAAUAAAAAAAAUCUUAAUAA